AUGACGACCGCUACGCCCCUCUCGCUGCCGUUUGUCCUGGGACAGGAUGCAAAGCCGGCAUCGAUACACUCGCCCAAACGGCAAUGGAAGCCAGACCGCCCCAACUAUCGCGCUUUGCUCACAACCGCACAGCCUCAACAGAAAAGUGCUGCGUCGUCCUCGGCACCUUUGUCUCGUCUCCAGGGCAGCGCCAAAGCUGCUGCGCAGCACGUCGAUGUCGACCAGCUCGAGGCCGACCUGGAUGAAUGGGGGCUGCCUGCUAUCGAUGCAUCCGAUUCCUCCUCAUCAGAUACACCUCGACUAUCCACUCCCUCGGCAGCGCUCUCCUACGACGAAAACUCGGCCACGCACAACCAUCCUCGCUUUCAAUCUCGGCGUCCUGACGGCAACGCCAGCUUCACCGCCCUGGAUCAAUGGGAUCCUUCCAUCUCCUUCGCUCCAUUCGCAUCAAAUGCACUCCAGCCAGACGAUCUUGAAUCAAGACAGACUCCAACUGCACCUUCCGGCUACGAUCCCGGACUGGGCCGAGUGGUUGCUGUUGGGCGAACAGAUGGCACUGUCUCCAUCUACCGUGCUUACGGCCGCAUCGAGGACUACGACUCCUUCUCUCGGACAGAUCGAUCCAACCAAUGUAUCGAGCAUACAAUCACAGCAUCUGCCUCCGCAUCUUCCAUCGUCUCGAGCGCAAGUGCCCUAGCUUCACGCCGAUCCUCCAACGUCUCCAAUCCCUCUCUUCUUCGCAGCCCCGACCUCGAAGCUCCGGCGAUCAGGCUCACGUCUUCUGUCCGAUCGCCGACAUCUGCCGGACGUGAUGCGAGCCCACUAUUAUCCACACUCUCGCCGGUCGAGCGCUCCUCCCUUGCCGCUCGCUCUACAGUGUCUGCAGCGUCCAUCAGCUCCACCAUCGCAGCCAACGUCCAGCUCGACGAAGGCGCUCCCGCUAGCUCUCUACAGAGCAAUAUCACUGCAACCGGUCAUACUGCAGACCGCUCCAACUCGGACCGAGCCGAGAACCGCCUCGAACUGCAGAUGGCUGCUGCAGAGCGCAACGACCACCAGCAUGGCGUCGUCGGAGGCGUCAUCGAGCGUCUCGGCUUGGCUUCACACACUCACUCUUCCUCGCAGCAUCAGCAUUCUCUUCCCUCCAUACAGGACGCUCGCCCAUCGCAUCAUCGCCGCUCGACUUCCAGGCGCCCCUCUGUCGGCGAGAACUCUGACAUGCCAUCCCCGCUGGCAAAGCUGACAGAAGUUGCCAAAACGUCGACACCAGCAAAGGCAAAUCAGUCCAGCGCGUCGCCGCGUUCGGAUGCUCCGAUCAAGCGCUCCGAUUCCGAAGCUUGGCUACAUGACCCAACACGCGGCCGCUUCUGUCCAGUCAUGACCUUGCUCACUCGCGACCGCUCUCCCGUGGUUGCAUUGCGCCUCGUGCCAAUGCCCUCCCCUCCAACUCCUUCUGCAGAGGCCGAUGGAAACAAUCGAGUCGCUGCUGCCACCCGUCUCGGCAACAUCGCUUUGCUUGUGGUUCAAGCCGCUGGAAACGUCUCGCUGUGGUCCAUAUUGGAAGGCGCGAUGCUGUGGCAAUUCGACCUCACCGCUGCCAAUGUCGUCUCGGAUCCUUCCGAUGCAGUCGAGGCGGCUAUCAAGGACGCAUCCGUCUCGCUCAAUGUCAUGCACUCCCUCGGGCGACAGCUUCCAGCAUCCAUCGGCACGCCCCUCGUUCGUAGCCCCGCAGGAUCCGCCCGAGCAUCCCCGCGCCCAACCUUUGCGGGCGGCGACGCGAGCAUGAGGAGAUCCAUGCUGCGCUCCGCCUUAAGCGGCCAAGGCGCGGCGUCGUUCUCCAGGCUUCGUGACGCCUACGGUGUUCAGAUGGACGACUCGGUCCAGAUCCUGCAAUCCUCCUAUGGACCUCUUGCCCUGCUCUGGGAUUCGCACUCAUCCUCAGCCUUGAUCAUCGACCUUUCCAACGGUCGCCUCAUGCUUCACGAGACUCUAGGUGAUGUGCAUGCUGCAAGUCGUCCGAGCCUGCUCUCAAUACCCGGCUCCGAAGAUCGCCUAGGUCUAGCCUGGUUCGAUUCAAGCUCAGCAAAGCUCCAGAAGAGGUUGCUUCGUUUCUCGCCCUCUCCAACCCUGGCCGUCCCGGGCGUCGAGGACGCUUCUCUUCCGCCGGCCAAGCUCGCUGCAGUCUCACUCGAGGACCCGGAUGAUGCAGACUCGACGGCGAGCCUGCAGUGCGACUUGUCUAGCCUUUCCGACCCCGUGGACAGGGUCUACCUCCUUCCCGGGCGGGUGAUCAUCCUGAGUGGAGCAAGACUUGCAAUCUUGACUCCCGGCGGCGGCGACGCAAAAUUCCUGCAGGAAUCCGAUUCGGAAGCUUUCACCAAAGUAUGCGGCUCUAGUAGGGACUCGCAACAUCUCCUGGUGCGCACUUCAUCGGCAAUUGCCACGCUCGAGUUGGUGUCUGGCACGUUCAAGCGUGCUGCACAGCCAGACGGUGCCAGCCAGACGGAACCUUCCAACCCUGCAAAUCCUGUGAACAGUCUGCCAGCGGGCCGCUUGAAUCUGGCUUGGAAUUUGCCCGGAUCUGGCGCCCUGCUUGACAAAGUGUUCCUGUUGCAGCCACUUGCCAGCCAAUCUCGCUCAACAGAGCCAAUGUCUCGCAACUCGGCCACGCCGAAGGAGCUUGCAGCUCUCGAUCUUCGAGACCUUCAUGUGGAGGACCUGCUCUCGGCACCAGGCACCCCUUCUGCGGAUGCGGCUGCAUCGAGUGCCCCUCAACCUCCUCAGCUUGGCGGAUUGGAUGCCAAGGACAAUCGCAUCACCGCGGUCUUGCCUCUCAGUCUCGAGAGGAUUGCAGCUGCAAGGUCCGGCGGGAUCAGCGUCUCGCCGCUCUCGUCGCUAGCUGCAAGUGCGUUGGGCGAUGGUGCCUCGCAGUCUGCAUCGAUGCCCAACAGCCUUGGCGGGGAUCACGAGAUUUGCCUGCUCCGCUCGGCCACGGCUCCUCGGUCCGGCCAUCGUCUCAUCAUCGGAGGAACACUGCAAGGAGAGGUCGGGUUUUGGACCGUGCCUGCAGCCGGCGCUCAAGACAGCACCCACCCGGCGCUCGAAGCGGCAUUGUCGGUGUCGACUACACCUGUGGAGGCGCUUGUGGUGUUUGGAGACGAGGACAACACCAUCCGUCUGCAUGGCUGUGCGGCGUGCAUCUGCGCGGACAGCUCAGUGACGGUGGUGGUGCUCGAAGGCUUCCGUAAGCUCUACACGGUCCCGGGCAGAGGUGCGCGUCUUACGUCGCUGGCGGUGCGCGCAGACGACCUACUUUUGACGUACGACGACGGGAAAGCGCGUGUGUGGGAUCUGCGUUCGCAGGAGCUGCGCCGCAGCAUUGCAACGGAUCAGGCACAGGCGCUGGUCGAGGACGGAAAGGGAUGGUGGAGCGUCAAGACGAUCGAGCCGUACAAUCCUCUACACUCGGGCACAACCGGUGUCCUCUCGCAGCUCGCGGCUGCCAGAGGCGAGGCGGCUGCGACACUGCUGGUCGACUUUCGACGCGCGAUCGAGGCUGCCGCACGUCCGAUGCGUGGUGGCAUGCCAACGUCAGGGAACGAGAUCAGCUCAGCCGUUCCAGGCGGAAAGUCGACCACAGCCUCAUUGCAGCCGCCAGCAAGGCUGCGGACAGAGCCGGACUCGGAUGCCAACGCUGGCUCGCCCAUCAGCCUCGGCUCCCCCGCCGCGCGCAAGGCUGUCAACAUUGUGCGUCCGUUGCUACCCGUCGUCUAUCCCACGGGCCUGGAUGCGGACAUCGACGCCAAGCUGGCCGUGCUACUCAACUUGGACGAGCCAGGAUCGUUGAACACGCCGAACGCAAAAGGCGGAGCUUUCCAUGUCGGCUUGCUCUCGCCUCCCGACGCGCUCAUGGUCGCUGGAGCAGGCGCGACUUCUGGUGGCGAGCAGACGGCGAAACAGGCAUGGAAGCUGAGCUCACGGCUGACGACGACACGCCUGCUGAUCGCAUCGGCGCUUGUGCGCGUGUUGGGCAACGUGAGCGAGCUGGCGGAUAUCGCGGAGGAUCUGCAGCGGUUUGUGGAUGAUGAGCUGCAGCUCUCGACGCUCGUCGGCGUGGGCUUCCGUGGGAUCACGCUGGACGAGCUCGUGCCGUACUGGCUGGACUCGAACUUGGAGCUUCAAAGCGCGGCUCAUGCCAUGUUCCAAAGCGCUCUGGCGCGGCUGGAACAGAGCGAGCUGGACGAAGUGUGCUCCAAGUGGCAUCCACUGCUCGGAGCGGCAAGAUCCGAAGCGCUGGCAGAUCGAGCACGAGGCGACGGCAAGGCAGCGAGCGUCUUGGGAGAGGCGACGCCGUCGACGCGGGCCCUUGCGCUCCUUGGCAGCAUUGCUGUGGAGCGAUACGCGUGUCUGUCGCCGCGGCUGCUCAAGGACAUUGCGAGCACGGUGCACAGUGCGAUUGUCGGGGAUCGGGGCAGCGAGAUGCGGACGGGCGAGGAGCUGCAGAAGCUGGCGGUGGCGGUGGAGCUGUGUCGCCGAGGCUUUUCGAUGUGGCAGCACUACUUUGAUGCGACCGAGGUGGUGCGGGCGCUGUUUGCGCUCAGCACGUCGACGUCGGCGAGCAGCAGCGGCGAAAGCGAGCUGCGCGCAUUGGCGCGGUCAGCGACAUUGCAGAUCGCGGCUGAAAACACGCCGCUAUUCAUGACGACGCUGUCGCUCGACAUCCUGCAUGCGCGCUCGGCUGCGCACUGUGCGGCGACGAUGCGACUGGUGGCGUUCAUGGUGCGCAAGCGACCUGCGGUGCUGGUGGCCAAUCUGCCGAGGCUGGCGGAGGCGGUGGUGAAGUCGCUGGAUCCGACGCAUACGACGAUGCGGGAAGCGGUUGUGAACGCGGCGACGGUGAUGAUCUCGGAGCUGGUGUCGACGUAUCCGAGCAUCAGCUUUUUUGGGGCGGGGCAGAGGCUGGCGGUGGGCACGCACGAGGGCGCGGUGAUCAUGUACGAUCUCAAGACGGCGACGCGUCUGUACGUGCUCGAGGGCCACCGCCGACGUGCGGAUGCGGUGAGCUUCAGCCCGGACGGCCGACGACUCGUGACGAUGAGCCUGGAGGAAGGGCGUGUGCUGGUGUGGAAGACCUCGUCGGGUUUCAGCAGCUUCUUUUCGCCGGGACAGAUGCCACGCCAGGGUGCCACCGACGCCAAGCUGACGGACGGAGCGUACAAGGCGUUCCUCUUCCACGUGGGAGAUCCGCAAGACGUUGCGUCACGCAAGGCGCCUGCACAAGCGAGCGGUGCAACGGAGGAGCCCGAUUUUGUCGGCUUUGAUCGCAUCGGCUUCCACUGGAACACCGAACGCAGCGUACGCGUCGAGAUCGGCGAGACGCAGCUCAACAUCAGCGUGGAUUGA